UUCGUGUCUUGCUCUAUAAAUAAUGAGGUAGAUUAGAAAUUGGUUCAGUUUACAAUUGGUUGUUGAGCGUUGAGAACAAUGAAAUCGAUUUGUGUAGCACUUGUUUGUUUCACUUUACUGUGCCCUCUGGUGGUCUAUGCAAAACCAACAGAGCUGGCGGAACCCUACCUUGAUGAAGCCUUCCUGGAACGUUACCAAGAAAUUCUAAGAAAAAGUUUUCUGCUCGAAUCUUGUGCUGAGACGCUUCGUGACGACUUAAGACCGAUAGCAGAAGAGUUUGGCGGUUGGGUUUUGGAUGUCUUUAACAGAAUAGGACACAUUAUUGAAAUUCGUAGGUCUUGUGACGCAAUCGAAAUGAGUGACCCACCAACGCGAUGGGAGCUUAUUCAAAGAGAAGCUUGUGAAUUGAGAUUCCAAGGAAUCAUUAUCAUUGAAAUAGCCAGACUGAACUAUGAAAUUACUGUGAUGCUUCAGACAUACCCGGCAAAAGUGAGAAAGAGCAUCGAACGAUACGUGGCUUGUUCUCGUGAUGAAGUACCAGAUUACCACGAUUUCCAUCAGAUGAUAGCAUCGAUGCAUCGGUAUUAACAUUGAUGUACUCAACCCAUACCGUUGAAUGUAAACUCAACGCUACCGAGCCGAAAUUAAUUUAUAUUAAAUUGUAAAGCUCAACCAAAAACAAAAAAUAAAAACCGUAACUUUAAUGCCAUCAACUUAGUUCACAAGUUCACAUCGAACAUACGGUGCCGGUGAAUAGUCCGACAAAAUGUAAUUCAUUUGAUGCAAAGUUCUGCAUUGUCACUCAUAUACCAAUUUUGCUUCUAUGUGGAAUGGAGUUUCCGAUAAUAAAGGCACUACUCUGCUGCAGCAUUUACCACAAAAUUGCCUUGAAAAUUAAGCCAUUUAUCUAUACGGGUGUUCCAUUGUGUAAAUGCUAUUGUGGUAAUGUCUGAAUUGGCCAAAAAUUAGCUGAAUGCUACUCGGAUAGAUUGCUGGGGUAUUUAGUGAAUAAAUAUUUCAUAAAGCAUUAACGUUAUGAGGUGUGUGCUGCUGCAUUUCGUGAAAUCCGUGU